GACAAGUUGUUGCACCGAACUUCUCUCCGAGUGGACGCCGCAUGCUUGCACUCCGUGACAAAUGUUCUGCUUUUCUGUAUUCGUAGUAGAUUUCGAGCAUGGCUUCAUCUGUAGACUGUAGGGAUGUCUCCUCAGCGCAUGAGGAUGGACACCCGCCGCUUUUGAAGAAGCGCACCGAGCAGGUGUCGUGCCUGCCUUUCAGCGUGGAGGCGCUCAUGUCGGACAAGAGGCCGUACGAGCGCGCGGACGGUGCCGCCGCGAGGGGAAAUUACUCUUUUAAGAGUGAAGAGAAGCGCGGGGCGGAGGAGUUUUCACAGCACUUUGUACCUGUCAAAUCAGAGCCGACCGAUCGAGAGGAUUGUGCCUCUUGGAUAUCCCAUGUCACGCUGUCCACACCGCCCCGGCAACUUAGUCCAGCGGUCUGCUCCUUGCGGAAACACAAAACCAACCGCAAGCCUCGCACUCCCUUCACCACCACCCAGCUCUUGGCCCUGGAGAGGAAGUUUCAUCAGAAGCAGUACCUGUCCAUUGCUGAGCGGGCCGAGUUCUCCUCCUCGCUGUCGCUGUCCGAGACCCAGGUGAAGAUCUGGUUCCAAAACCGACGAGCCAAAGCCAAGAGGCUGCAGGAGGCCGAGGUGGAGAAACUCAAAAUGGCUGCAGGUGCAGGAGUCAAAGCCGUGCUCCAUCCGGGCUUCUCAUCCUUACCAUUUCCUCUCAGUGUUAACCUACAGGCCGGGUCAUCAGCACUCUAUGCACAGGGCUACCCAUACAGCCGCAGCCCCAUCCUCCCUGCUGCACAUCUGGCCAUGUACGCCUCGCCAGCUGCCUACAGCCUGUUCCACCUCUCCUGAAAGGAACUAGCAUACACAGACUGAGCCAUGUCCGUGUUGGUGCUUCGUGAUAAAGGGGGUAUACAAAAUAAUGAAAACCCCUAACCGUUUAUCAGACUAUCCGAUAUCUAAUGAGGAGUAAUGCCAUCCUUUGGUGGCCUCAGAAUAGCUUCAGUUCUUCUUGGGAGGCUGUCAUCAAGUCCUGAACUGUGUUGAACUGCGGAAAUGUUUGAGUCUGUAGUUUUGUGGUGUUUCUGUCGCUGUCUGUGAGCUUCCACUUGAAUUUACCCAGUUUGUCUGUGUUUGUCAUAUGCUGUCAUGAUUUUCCAGACUGUUCCACUGGCUAUAUGAACUGAUUUUAGACUUUUAUGACACUCACUCCUUUCAGGCACUGAGUAUUUACCCUUUUAGAUUUUAUACUGCUUUGAAAAUCCUUUUAAAGCUGACACAUGAAGCUGAUUUGCAUUCAGCUUCAUGUCUGACCUGUGUAGCUGCUUUUGUUAUUGGAAUUUAACUGGUUCAUUAGUUACUUCUCAUGUCAUGGAUUCUGUUAUUUUUCCACCCUUUGUUUGUGUGUAUAAAUGGGAGGACAUUAACAAUAUGAUAAAGUAAUGCACCUUACAGGAUCUGAUUAAUGUUUGCUUGACAAGGACCAACCUAAAUCAAGACUGAGUCUUCAUGAUCUUCUCUGGUCUUGAUUUAUCUGGAGAAUUUAUAGUCAUCCUUUUACUACAUACAGCUCCACAGACAGUCAUGCGGCUGUUCCAGCGGUCUUUCUUUCUGUUUGCCAAAGGUGGCUCUGCAUCUUAUAAUGAACUGAAUGCUGAUUGAACCCUAUGUAUCUCAUUAGGUUCAUGAAUACAAAUUGCUUUUAUAUCGUUAAUGAUUUGUUGUUGCUGCUCUUCAUGUAUUCUCUGCAUGAUGCUCCCCCCUCAUGACUUCAACAUAAGGAAUAAUAUUCAUUAUUCCUUCAUUUCUUGUAAACCUUAAAUCUGCCAACAUAUCUAGUGUGAGUCACUGUUCUGCUGAGAACAAUGAGAACUAGCGCUGGAAAAUGUCAAAUAAUUCAUUUUGGUUUGGUAAAGUACAUGCGUGCAAACAACAGUCAUGUCAUUCUGAAGUGGAACACAUUUAUUUUUGAAACAUGAUAUGACAGACUGUAGACCUGUAUAUUUUAUGACACAUAUCUACAUUUUUAAAAGUCAGUGUUUGAGUCAUUUUGACCUGAAAUUAAAGCUUGU